ACAGAAUAAUGUUUAGCACAAAGGAACAACUUUCAAAGAGAACUGGACCACACGGGAUUGGGCGGUUUAGCUAUUUACAAGCUCUUGUAACUGAAUUUCAGGAUACAGACAGUCUGGAGAGCAAGCAAGAAGUUUUAGCAAAUUUGGGAAAUUUUGCUUACGACCCAGUGAAUUAUGAGUACAUGAGAACUUUGAAUGUUAUCGACCUUUUCCUUGAUUGCCUGGAUGAAGAUGAUGAUAAGUUAGUGCAAUUUGGUAUUGGAGGACUUUGUAAUCUAUGUUUAGAUAAAAUUAACAAAGAAGAAAUCUUGAAAAACAGUGGAGUUAAACUUGUUAUGAAAUGUCUAUCUAGCCCCAAUGAGGAGACAGUCCUGUCCGCCAUCACCACGCUGAUGUUUCUAGUGACCCCUGUAUCAAGGGCAGAAAUAACAGCCCUACCUAUUGUAGAAUGCAUGUUGAGGUUUUCAGAAUCCACAAACCCAAGGCUGAGUAACCUUGCAAAGGUUUUUCUGGAGGACUAUUGUGACAGAUCACAGAUUGAGGCUGCCAAGCAGGUCCAGGAACGACUGAGUACUUAAAGUUCAAACAGAUCAAAGCCUUCACACCAAAGGAAAUGAAGUGACAGAGCUCUAGAAAUCACAAUGAUACAUCUGACCUUAAUAUUUCUAUGUGAAUAAGGUGCAGGAGGGGAAGUCAUUGUAUAACACAGGAACAGAUAAGAUAUGAACUACUUUUUCAAAAUCGGUGCCUGUUCCUAUAUAUAAAGCAUACUAAGAAUUAUUAAGCUACUAAAUAAGAAGCACAAUUGUUUCUUAGAAAAUGAUACAGAGAUGUUGUGGAUUCUAACAUAAGAUAAUAGAUAUUAUAAACACUUGAAGGUGAACACAAACUAUAGACUGAAGAUGGUAAAUUAUUAGUGGACAGAAGUGGGAUGUGAUUGGAAUCAUUGGAUGUUAUGUUUUUGUGUAAUGCGUGCAAAGUUUAUGUAAAAAAAUCCUACCAAAAUUUUAUAAAUAUGUCCAUAGGACAUGAAUUUCCACCGGGUGUAUAAUAGUAAUGCAACAGGAAAAUUUGUAUUAUUUGUAUUAGUGUAUGAAGUUUGAUGAGAAUAUCUUGAAUAGUUUAUGUAAAAUUGAAUUGAAAUUUUAAAAAAAUGGAAAUAGAUGAUAAAUUUUCACCAAAUUUUGUAUAAGUGCAUAAGCUUACAUAAAAAUAUGUUAAAUGGUUUCUUUAAAACUAAGCAAAAUGCAAACUAAAGAAAAGUGAGGUCAAGGUCACAAGAAAGUGCAAGGUCAAAAGUUUUUGAUACAGUUGAAUAGCUCUCACUAAAACAUAUCAGCAUAUUAAGUUUGAUAAAAAAAAAUAUAUUGUGAAUGGUUUCUUAAAACUGAGCCAAACACUAAUUUAAGAAAAGUGAGGUCAAAGUCAAAGGAAAGGUCAAGGUAAAAAAUGUUGAUGUAGUUGAUAGCUCUCAUCACUAUGUAUAUGAAGUUUGAUAAAAAUAUCUUGAAUGGUUUCUUUGAAACUGAGCUAAACAGUAACUUAAGAAAAGUGAGGUCAAGGUCAAAGGAAAGGUCAAGGAAAAAAAAAAUGUUGAUGCAGUUGAUAGCUUACAUCAGUAUGUACAAUCAAAUUUUAAUCCAAGACAGGCUAUCUACAAAGAAGUUCAUGAUACAAGGCUUUCAAUAGUCUCGUUUAAAUACAGAAUUAUGCAAAUGUUAUGAAUGUUAUUAUGACCUUGUUUGUAAAUAAAAUCUAUUGCUGGGUCUAAUUUUAACUGAUAUGUUUCAUUCCCUUCUAAUACUAAAUAACUACUUUCACUCGAUCAAGAGUGCUCACUGGGGUGUGACCAGGGAUGCUUACUCCUCUUAGACAUCUGAGCCCAUCUCUGGCGUUUCCAUGAAACCGGGUUUUUGGCCUGCUCAUGAUUUGUAUUAAUUGUUUAUAGGGUUUAUGAGAUUGUUCAGACAAGUGUUUGUCAUCUUUUACAGUUAGAAAAAAGAACAUUAAAAAUCACUUCAAUUUAUGAUAACAUGAAAUUAUGUUGGUAAUGAAAGAGGCUCUAAGUGCCUUGAAUUUUGAGUAAAGAUCUAUGACAUAGACAUUUGUUUCUUCAAUAAAAAUGGAAU